AUGGAGAAAGAGAAGAAUCCUCUGACAGAGCGACCCCAGUGUUUCCGUUUGGACCUGUCUCUGGUCGAGUCCAACAGAACCAGUGCAGCCAGAGCAGAACCAUCAGCACCAGGUGAACAGAGUCAGCACCAGGAGAACAGAGUCAGCACCAGGAGAACGGAGUCAGCACCAGGAGAACGGAGUCAGCACCAGGAGAACGGAGUCAGCACCAGGAGAACAGAGUCAGCACCAGGAGAACGGAGUCAGCACCAGGAGAACAGAGUCAGCACCAGGAGAACAGAGUCAGCACCAGGAGAACAGAGUCAGUACCAGGAGAACAGAGUCAGCACCAGGAGAACGGAGUCAGCACCAGGAGAACGGAGUCAGCACCAGGAGAACAGAGUCAGCACCAGGAGAACAGAGUCAGCACCAGGAGAACGGAGUCAGCACCAGGAGAACGGAGUCAGCACCAUGAGAACGGAGUCAGCACCAGGAGAACAGAGUCAGUACCAGGAGAACAGAGUCAGCACCAGGAGAACAGAGUCAGCACCAGGAGAACAGAGUCAGCACCAGGAGAACGGAGUCAGCACCAGGAGAACAGAGUCAGCACCAGGAGAACGGAGUCAGCACCAGGAGAACGGAGUCAGCACCAGGAGAACAGAGUCAGCACCAGGAGAACAGAGUCAGCACCAGGAGAACAGAGUCAGCACCAGGAGAACAGAGUCAGCACCAGGAGAACAGAGUCAGCACCAGGAGAACAGAGUCAGCACCAGGAGAACUGAGUCAGCACCAGGAGAACAGAGUCAGCACCAGGAGAACAGAGUCAGUACCAGGAGAACAGAGUCAGCACCAGGAGAACGGAGUCAGCACCAGGAGAACAGAGAGCACCAGGAGAACAGAGAGCACCAGGAGAACAGAGAGCACCAGGAGAACAGAGUCAGCACCAGGAGAACAGAGUCAGCACCAGGAGAACAGAGUCAGCACCAGGAGAACAGAGUCAGCACCAGGAGAACAGAGAGCACCAGGAGAACAGAGUCAGCACCAGGAGAACAGAGUCAGCACCAGGAGAACAGAGUCAGCACCAGGAGAACAGAGUCAGCACCAGGAGAACGGAGUCAGCACCAGGAGAACAGAGUCAGCACCAGGAGAACAGAGUCAGCACCAGGAGAACAGAACUCGAGGCGUGAGCGAGACCCGAUCUCGUGCUGCUGUCACGGGGACACGUGGCGCCGGGUCGAGGCCUGA